UACGCAGGCUCAAAAGUCAAUCGGCUCUUAAAGGUGCUGAGUAAGAAAGAAAUCUAACUACUGUACACCUACUAGGAAAUUGCUUCUUAAUAUUUAUGGAGGAUCGAAAAGACAGUCCACCGGAAGAAGAUGCCAAACUCGACACAAAUGAAAUGUGUAGUGGGAAAUCUUCGAUUCCCCAGAUAGAAAAAGAUGAUAACACCAGUUCUGGGCUUCAGUCUACGCAAUCAGAACUGUACACAGAAAAUGUUUCUUGCGAUUUAGUGGAGCUCAGCAGUGAUGAUGAAGUUCAAAUCUUCGAUGUGAAAAGAAAAUCAUGCGAGAAAAAUCUGCAAGCAGAUGAUCAAUGUUCUUCUGGAAGGACUAGUCCGAAAGAUGCAACAUGUUCGGUUUGUCUCAGUGAAUAUGAUAACAAAUCAUUCCUUGAUAAGUGCUUUCAUGCUUUUUGUUACUUCUGUAUUUUACAAUGGUCAGAAAUAGUCAGGACCUGUCCACUGUGCAAAUCGAGCUUUACAUCAAUUAUUCACAGUGUCAAAUCUAUAGACAAUUACCAGCAGGUAAUCAUGAUGUACACUUUGAAAUUUAACCUUAUAACCCAAUGCCUGACCUGA